GGGUUUUAAUACAAGUACUCUGGACCCACCUUCUUCAGCACGCUUUAUCGUCGGUAGCUCGAGCUCGUCAUCAUUCUUAACGGCGAGCACCAUGGUCGUUUCUUCAGUUGCAGAGAAUGUGUUUGGAACCCUGGGCACGGUUUGUUGGACCAUUCAGCUCAUACCUCAGAUAUGGAAGACGUAUAGGAGCAAGUCUGCGGAAGGCUUAUCACCUUUGUUUGUCUUUCUUUGGGCCGUAUCUGGCCCUUUUUUGGGAGUCUAUGUUAUCGUGCAGAACCUCAACAUCCCUCUUAUACUACAACCUCAACUAUUUAGUGCUCUCUCUCUUGUCUCUUGGUGCCAAUGUUUGUAUUACAACCGUAAAUGCUCGCGUACGGUGUGCAUUAUGUUAUUCGUGGCUGUUGCCGCUAUUAUGGCAGGUUUCCAAACUGGUAUGGUUUUUGCAGUUAGGUCCGUUUACCAUGAUGGUACAGGAAACGAUGCUGCGUUGCGGUUCUUCGGCAUAUUCAGUGCCGUCAUCAUUGCGCUCGCUUUACUUCCUCAAUACUACGAGAUCUACAAACAUAGAGAGGUCAUUGGAAUAUCAACUAUGUUCAUGGCCAUCGACCUUUUAGGAGGUGUAUUUUCCGACCUUUCACUUGUCUUCAAGUCAAAUUUCGAUGUUAUCGCAGGUGUCACGUACUCUGUUGUUAUCGUUAUGGAUGGUCUGGUUAUCAUUUCUGCCUUGAUCCUCAACCCUCGUGCACACAGAAGACGAAUGUAUGAAUCCACGAUAGCAUCCGAAUCAGCAACGAAUUCUACCCCGGCAAUGAUAGAAACGGCUUCAGGUGCUAGCAGGUACACUGGAGCUACCCCUAGAGAAGUUUAGAGUAACCACCAUGGAAGAGUAUAUCCUCGAUAAAAGGGAUUUAUCAUUAUAGCCUUGGUGUCCAAUGCAUCAAAAUCAAUUAGGUACCAAUGCCACCAACUCUACUAACACUUUAUCAUUGUUCCACAUGACUACUUGAGCUUUCAAUCCCAUCACUGUCUUUACUACUCAUCCACUGUGAUUCUCAUCAUCCUGGACUGAAUUCAUUUGUGCUCUGCUGUUCAGCACUGCUUGUUCCUCAGCGCAUGCAAUACAUUGGUCUCUAAUCCAGCAAUUCUAGCCCAGGCCCUACUCCAUACCUGACCUCCACAUGAUUUCUCCUACCUAUGAUUGUAGUAUCAUACAAUACCUCACUAGUUUACUUGUGCACAUGGAACUGUGUACUUAAUCUGAAUAUCAACCUCCACUUUCAUCAGGAAAAA